AAUGCAACAAUAAGGAUGCCGGCUGCCGUUAAACGCCAUAGAAGAAGAAGAAGAAGAAGAAGAAGAAGAAGAAGAAAAGAAAUUCCUGUAGUUGUAGCAGUAUUUGAACGCAUCACAGGUUCGGCUCUUCCUGCAGUGCUAUGUGUAUCAGAAAAGACUGAAGUGGUGGGAAUGCAGCCUCCGCUUCCACCUGAAGCUGUCAGAGAGCUGGUGUUCUCCUGUCUGCAUAGAGACCCAGUAGCAGCAGACCUUCGCUGCAGCCUGUUUGUGGCAGCUGCUCAGAACUACAAGAGGGACUCCCUGCUGCGGCCAUUCCCUCCUCGAUACAUAAAUGGUGACACUAAAGACUUUGAGGAGCUGUUAGCAGACUUGAGCUCUUUGCCUGGUGUGAGAGAGUUGGUGAGGCUGCGACAUGGGGAAAACGAUCAUCAUCUGGCUCUUGUACAUUGGAUUCUCUCUUCAAAGACCUUUGCUGUGAAGACCCUGCAGAAAGAUGAGUUUUCUAACCUUUGUAACCUGACGGAAAAUGUGGGGGUUUGUGCACCAGUGCCAGACUUUGUGUUUGAGUUGGAGUACUGUGACCAGCUGAAUGCCAGAUUUGAGAGGACGAAGGCAGACAGAGAUGUCUUCUACGCUUUCCACGGGAGCCGCCUGGAGAACUUUCACUCCAUCAUUCACAAUGGGCUUCACUGCCACCUUAACAAGAACUCUGUGUUUGGAGAAGGCACGUACCUCACCAGUGACCUCAGCAUGGCCAUCCUUUACAGUCCCCAUAGCAGUGGGUGGCAAGAAAGUGUGCUGGGUCCAAUGCUGAGCUGUGUUUCCUUAUGUGAAGUCAUUGAUCACCCAGAUGUCAAGUGCCAGGUGAAGGAAAAAGAUUCUGAAAUCAUUGACCGUCGGCGCCUGAGGGCAAAGAACAGUGAAGGAGGUGAUGUACCGCAGAAGUACUUUGUAGUCACCAACAAUCAGCUUUUGAGAGUCAAAUACCUACUUGUUUAUUCUCAGAGGAAGCACUUCUCCAGACAUUCCCGUGGUUCCUCCUGGUUCCUCGGACACCACUUUGCUGUCAUGAUGAGCCUGUACCUGCUGCUUCUCAUCCUCAUCGGGGCCUUUAACUCCACCUCCUUCCUAUCCUUUUGGAACAGGCUGUUCAGAUGACAGGACAGACACCUGGAUGUCCACAGUGCCUUUCACGUCACACAGUGGCCAGAAAUCUAAGCAAAGAUGACAUUUAAUUAUAUACCUUUUUUAUAAUCUUUUUUUUUUGUCUUUCCUUUUAUUUAUGUACUAACACUGUAUAGUUGCUGAUAUUCAAAUGCAGCAUCUUGUGUGUGAGAGCCUGUAGUGAAGCAAUUACAGAUUUAAUGAAUGUUAUCCCUUGCUUCAUA